GGUACACCUGUCUCGGCCGUAAAAAGCUCCUGCCCGAAAAAAAACUCAACUGAACAAGAGAAGGGGAACAGCGCACCUCAAAAAGAAAAGAGAGAGAGAGAGAAGGGGAACAGCGGGGCGGCGGCGGCGGUGAGCUGCAGGCUGCGCGCGUGGUGGAGGAAGGGCAGCAAGCUAACACGGUCGACGGCCGGCUGUCGGGAGCAGCAUCAUCGUCGGGCAAAGUCAGAUCUUGGCCAGUGCUCGCUCGCCGUUCUAAAAAUUGAGCCGCUUCGAUUCGUGCUGCCCACGAGGGACGAGGCAUGCCAUCGCCGCUGAGGAACAUGCCGGCGGUGGCCCCCGCGGCGACGGAGUGCCGGCUCAGCGGAAAAGCGGGUGCCAAGCAAGGCAUCAUCCGCGGCAAUGAUCACAAGUGCUUCGUGCGCCUGCACGGCGACCUGAUCGUCAGCUACCGGAUGCGCGCGGUGGGAGGGUCCAAGAGACCCACGCUCCUGCACGAGGAGGCUCCCAAGAAAUUCGACAAACUCUUUGAGCUCUUCGAUCCCGACGCCUUCUUCCAGAGCUACCUGGCCUGCCGCGACGCCAUCCACCAGAUGCUCGCGCAGACGCCGCUCGUCGGCGAGUUCGACCUCGCCCCCGAUAACUGGGACGACUUCCUGCCCCACGAUCUGGCCACUUUCACGGUGGGCGCGGCUCGGCGCGACGCCGAUGAACAUGGGAGAGUCGACCUUCGCUACAGCGUCGACAUCGAUCUCACCAUCUGGGUGAAGGUCUUCUACAGCGAGCCCAAGGCGCUGCUCCUCGCCUGCAACCAGCGUGCCGCGGUGACACGGUGCCUGUUCGCGGCGACGCCGACCGACUGCUGUGUGUGCAUGGAGGAUUUCGUGGCGCCGAGAGACAGCGACACCACCGUGAGGCUGCCGUGCUCCCACGCCUUCCACCGCGCCUGCAUUUUGCCGUGGCUUUACAAGGCGUCCACAUGCCCAAAGUGUCGCCAUGGCUUGGCCAAGUACCUUGAUGCCGCCACCGACACACCAAUGGGGAAGUUCCCAGGCCUCCCCAAACCUUCCUGAAUCCUGAUCGGCCGACCCCCCCAAUGGAGGAGUUCCUUCCAAGGAUCAACAAUUAUAUAUAAUCGUACUCCUGAUGUUCUAUUCUAGUUGUAUUCCUUGUGGGCAUGUCCAAGGAUCAUCUUUCCUGCAGAGAUUGUUAAAGCAGUGUUGUAACAACGGUACAUAUGCGAAAUGACUUGUAUUAGUUUGGAGUACCAGCAUCUGCAUAUCACAUUGCCCAGUUUAUUGUUUGCUUGUGCCCUCAAUGUGGAAGAAGGUUCGAAAAUAAGGGCAACAUCAAUGUAUAUGCACUGCAGGUUGUGGUUCAAAAUAAUGAUGAUCUUGAAAAGGUUGGGUUUGUUUCUUCACUUUAUCUGGGUAUUUCUUUGGCCAUGAACUGAGCAUGUCUACACCUUCUUGCAGGGAAAAGGUCGAAUCCCUUGAGGAAGCUGUAAGUAUUUCUUUAUGCCAUCUGCGAGCUUCUACUGGAGUAAAAUCAAGAUUCUUUUCUCGUGCUUGUUUGUAUUGCUAAUUUCCUGCUAAAAUGAAGUUAAAAAUGAUUUCACAGACAGAUAAGAACUACUAUUUGUGAGCCAUUAUUAUUCGGUCGUGAAUGUGCAAAUGGAUUAUUUCCUCA